AUGUCCGCUGAAAACUUUGAAUUAGCCGCUGAAGAAAUUAAGAAUUUUAUUGCAGGAAAUGGAAAAGUUUCUGACGAUAAUUUAUUGUAAUUUUAUGCUUUUUAUAAAUAAGGAACUGUAGGUGAUUGCAAUACAGAUAAACCUGGAAUGCUUGCAUUGAAAGAUAAAGCCAAAUGGGAAGCUUGGAAUGCUAAAAAAGGAAUGAAUUAAAAUGAUGCUAAAACAGAAUAUGUAAAAUUGGCUAAAACUGUACUUCCUGCAAAUGUUGCAAGUAAUCUUUGA